GCGCGUGCGACUCCAGUCGAUCGUGCUCGCCCGCCGGCGCGAAGUGAUCGUGCCCUGUUCCUAAUUCAAAAUUCAAACAUUUUUCUCGAACUCUAUCGACUACAUUUAUAAUACAGAUUUACGAACAUACUGUCCAAAAAUUAACUCUCAAAAACAAAGUGACAAGUGGUUUAAAGUGUAUUUUUGCGUCGUGAAUUUUAUGAAAAUGUGUUAAGCGAAGUUUGUGACAAGUUGCGGUUAAAGUUCAGACCUCGUUCUGGAUGUAGGUCCUACUUAGUUUAUAGAAAUCGUGGAAAAUAUUUAAGUACAUUUAGUGAGUGAGAACAAUAGAUUAAAAAUACUAUCUGUGUAAAAUUGAGAGGUAUGAGACAAGGACAAGACGGACACUAGUGAUGUAACGUAAAUGUGGCACCGCGUCAUUUUGACGCAUUUGACUAUUGGACUAGUGAUGUUACACCGAUAUCGAUAAAUUGUGAUUUGACACCGAAUGAAUACACUCAUGCUGACGACAGGUGGAGCGGUGGAUGACCAGCCCAUGGACGGGAACAUGUCUUUUUCAUCUUACAAUAUGAUGGAUUCCGGUGGAGGGGGCAUCGAAUCACCACCAACCUACCACAGAAGCUACGAGCAAUACGUCCAAGGAGCAGUAGACAAUAGCACCGAUUCCGUCCAAGAGCAGACCAGUCCAGAACUAGUCGUCUGGUCUACCCUUCCCUAUGGCUUGGAUUACAGAGCCCAGUAUGAUUAUAGAAGUCCAUAUGAAACUAGAGACUAUUCCCCUCAGCAAUACGCUCGUGCUCCGUUUACUACCAAAAUGGGACAGGCGAAGGCUUUAAAGGAAGCCAGGAUACGAAGACCCAUGAACGCCUUCAUGGUGUGGGCGAAGGUGGAGCGGAAGAAACUGGCUGAUGAGAACCCAGAUCUCCAUAAUGCAGAUUUAAGUAAAAUGCUAGGUAAAAAAUGGCGUUCAUUGACCCCUCAAGAUCGACGGCCGUUCGUAGAGGAAGCGGAGCGACUACGCGUUAUCCAUAUGACCGAACAUCCCAACUACAAGUAUCGACCAAGGCGACGGAAACAGAAUAAAACCAGGCCGAAUCAGCCGGCCGCCCCGUCCAGCGCCCCACCUUCCGCCUCUGUUACUUUAGGCUCUCCGUACGCCACCGCAACGGAUUCCCCAGAUACACGCUUCUCACACAAUCCUGGAGCUGGUUUCUCCCCAUAUCGAACAUCGCCCCUCGCUUCAGACUCGUUUCAAUCAAACCAAUUCAAUGGCCACGUCCAAACUCCGGAAUCUUCACCAGCAAGAUCUCCCGAACCGCAAGGAAGGAGGAGUGCCCCUGCCGAAGCACCGCUACCUACCCCGGACGCUUCACCGGUCGAAAACGAGAAAGAAAAUUUCCAAUACGAAGAAAGGCGAAGAGCGAUAAACGCUUCCAUCUCAGAAUCGUAUUCUUAUAAAUCUUUCCGAACACCUGUUUCAUACUCCUCUGCACCCGUCGCCGCUAUGGGCAUGGCUAAUGGAAUGUACGUUAUGUGCACCCAGAGGACGUUAGCGGAACAGUCUCCCCUAGUAACAGGAACAUUCUUUCCGCCAGUCGCCACGUCACAGGACCAGCAGGCGUUAGGGUCGACUGCGCCGAGAGUUUCAUCCGCGCCGAGCGGGCCUAUGUCUGCAGAAUACAGUAUUCAGUACCACCCUUACGAACAAUAUGAACAUCAGAUGUACAAAACUGAGGACUCCUACGUUUCUCACUAUCCCGAACAACCUAAAACUGAGUACGAGGAAUAUAAUUCAGGUGGCACGUACUUUGCUGAAGAGCCUCCAAAUCAACCUCAAGAAGGGGAACAACAAAAUAUGAUGAACCCUCGCCCGGAGAUUCGGACAGGAUCGCCUGAAUCGGACUUAGAUGCGAGAGAGUUUGAUAAGUAUUUAGAUUAUGGUGCAGAAGGGGCAAUAGAGCACUACAGAUACGAACAACAGCAGCAGCAGCAAUAUAGGCCGCAGUACUGCAGCGAGCCUUCCCCAGGGCCCGAGUACUGUUCUGAAAGGAUGUACCCUUCUCCCUAUGCUUCGGUUAUCGCAGGAACUCCACCAGCUGUACCGUAUAUACCGCCACAACCUGGGACCACUGAAGCGCGACCCGAUGAUGAGUUUAGUGUGAUUCUAGCAGGCGUCCGGCAGACUUGCUACAGCAAUUGACAAUAACAGAGACCUAGAUCGUUAUGCACUCUUUUCAAAUGCAGCCCAAAGAGUUAUUUUUGAGAUCAAUAAUUUAUUGUUAAUAAAUAUUGAUGCUUAUGGGAAAUUGUUCAUGUAAAGAGAUAUUAUUUUGAGAUAUUAACUGAUCAUAAUAGGUACAUAUUGUUAUAGUUAUUAUCUUAUUGUGUUUGUUAACAUGUCUCGUUUCAAAAAGGGAACAAUAAUUUCUAUAUGACUGAAAAUAGUACAUGGUACGCACUGUUUUAAGAAAUAUUAAAAAUAUAUUUUGUGAUUAUUUUGAAAAGACAAUUUAGGUAAAUAAAAGGCAAUAUUUAGUGACACAGCGUAUGAGAGAGAUCACAAAGCUUGUUAUACUUUAAACAGUUCAGUUUAAUUUCAAAGAUUUAUCUUAUUCUCAUUGAUCUUUUUCUAAAAAUUUAUUUAGUUUGGUUCGUUAUUUAUGUAAGGGUACCAUGUUUUUCUAAAUUAUCCUACUUACAAUCAAAUAUUUUGUUGUUUAACUAUGUAUUACAAAUAUAUUUUCUUAUCGCUAGGUAGUUUCUCAAAGGUAGGUACCUACCUACCUAGUCUGACAAAUUUAAUUUGGAAAAUUGUGUGUAAUAAUAUUUUUAAUUGUGUUAUUUAUUAUAUUUUGUAUAAAAUCCCAUAUUUUUUAAAUUUAAAUAAUUUUAAAUCCUUUCCCAUCAAAAUUAUGACAUUAUACCUCGCCUAAUAUGUAGUUUAUGUACUACACGUAUACCUUGCGGCUGGCUUUUCUCGGAUUUCGUCCGCAUGCAUGAAAGCUUAUACUAUUAAGAGAAGUUACAACAAAUAUCUGUAUCUGAAGUUUUCCAGAUUCCUGUAAAAAUAAUAUAUACUUUAAAAGUAAUGCGGGCUCAAAUAUUUACAUACAGAUCUUUCUAUUAAACAUUGAGUUUGAUGACCCACCAAUAACAGCAGUCUAUUGAUAUUAUGUCAGUCAGUUCCUUGCUGUUUCAUAUCAUACAUAAAUAUUAUUAUGUACCUAUUUUAACAUUAUGUAGAAAUGAUCAUGGAAGUUAUAUUAUAAAAAGUUUGGUUCUAUUAAUCAUGAUAUUUGUUUCAUUAAUUUGAUCAAAUGGUGCUAGAAUAAAAUGUUGGUACAUUAAAUUAAUAUACCUAGUGCUCGUUGUUAUGAAUGCAGUGAUAAUCCUAUGGGAGGGAAGUUAAUUAAUAGUUUCCUUUGUAAAAUGGUAAAAGAUUAUUUAUUUGUAACUAUUUUUGUAUAUUUUUAGUAACAAAAUCGUUGUCAAUUUAUUCGAAACAUAGCUCUUCCAGUCUGUAGAUAUAGAGUUUAAGAUUUAUUUCCAUUUUUUUGUUAGUCGCUAUUUAAUGUAGGUACGUUGUCUGUAUAAAUUGUAAGAACAUUUAAUUGAAAAUAUCUCAUAGUUUUUAAUAUAAUUUGUACUAAAAGUUUAGCUGAAAUAUUAAUUAGUUUGUUACGCAAUCAGUAGUUUUAGUUACGAAAACACUCGCACUGCGAACUAUGUUCUUCCUAUUUUUAAGAAAAUUUAUAAGAAACAAUAAAAACUAUAUUCU